ACACGAAGUCAGCCAAAAACGUCCUCCUUCCGUCGCCCAAAAGCCCUUCACACUCACACUGUUCCUUCUCUAAGAAAGUCCAAACCCUUCCCCCAUUUUCCCGCCAUUUCUCGCUAGCCAAACGCCUGAGGGACACUGCGCGAUUCCAUAGCGCAUCGCUCCGAAAGCGGCGAUGGUCACUUCGAGGGAUGUGCAGGAGAUCGUCUCCAAGCUCUCGUCCGAUAAGGCCAAAGCACGCGAAGAAGGGAUAAAGUUGUUGAAUACGUGGUUAGAAGGAGAAAGAUCGGUUGCCUUUUCUAAAUUUCUUGGUCAGAACACUGCAAGGCUAAGGCCUGAUGAUAUCCCUCACUCUGAAACAUGGCCUUUUCUUGUUACUUUGCUGACUCAAUGUGCAUUGCUGGAAAUAUCCUCGAGCAAGCGACGAUUGCCGAAAUUGAUCUAUGCAAAGACUCUUCGCAUUGUUGUGCAACGAGCUGAAGAUUCUAAAUUUUCAGGUGAAGUGUUGCCUUUGUUAUCUGUGGUAAAAUCGCUUUUUAAUCACAUCUGGGAUGUCUUAAGCACUGUUCCAAGCUUUCAGUCCGAAUAUGGGGUUGUUCUCCGGCAUCUUUUGACCGUUAGAGAUUAUCGUUUUCACAUGAGAAGGCGCAUACAUUGCAGCUUGGUGCUUCUUUACAUGGAGAAGGUGGAAACUAGCUUGGCUGGGAAGAAUGAUAAUCAAUAUAAUCCCAAAGAGGAGGUAUUUCGAUGCAUCUUUACUCUCCAUUCACUGUUGGAAAAUCCUCCUGGAGAUUUCCCUGAUAGUCUUAGGGAAGAUAUUAUUAAGAAGAUUGUUGCAAUUUUCUCUUUCAUAAGGGAUGAGGGAAAGAUUUCACGCAAGCUUAUUGAGUGUAUCAAUACAUUCUUGUUAAAGGAUGGUCCAAAUUUAGGUUGUCAAUCCAUGGAAAUCCAUAAUGCUGUGCAGCAAUUUGUAUUCCGUUGUUGGCUGACAACCCAUGAUCGAGCACUUAAGGAUGCCCUUAUUCUCUACGCAAAGUUACAACUAAAUUUAACUAGAGGUGGUGCUGAUGGGAGUUCUUUGGUUGAACAACUUCUGGACGUAGUUUGUAAGGAUCUAGAUCAGAGCAAUAUAUCCAGCACUGGCGUGCCUUGGAGUGAUGCAACUAAAGAUGAUAAGUUUGGGACUUUAAGUAGUUCACAAUGUGGUUUGGUGGAACUUGCAGCUGUAGUAUUUUUCCGGGCGUGUGUUGACACAGCCAAAGCACCAUCAACUCAAAAGCGGGUUAAGAGGGUGCAUGCUUCUGUCCAUCUAAAAGAGGCUCUCAUGAAAGGAAAAUGGCUAUGGAGUGCUGCAUUCUGUUGUCUUACUCGCAACUACCACACCCGCAUUAGCAAAGAUCUUUUGGUCUACUGGUUCAAGGGCAUAUGUUCAAGCUUUGAAGGAAUUUUGAAUGAUGCAAACAUGGGGCAUGCUUAUGAUGGGUUGCUGUGGAUUCUGCGGAGUUUGCAGGAACUCUCUUCUGUACUGCCGCUUCCAGAUUCAAAGGGGGAGAUAGCAUCGAGGUCUUCUUCUACUUUGAAUGAGCAUGACUGCAGUUGGCAAGUAAUAUGGAGCUGUCUAAUGCAUGGGUUGCCAAUAUUCAGCAAUGUAACUGGAGUUGUAGAUGCUGCUUUAGUGCUUCUUGGAAACAUAAUUUCAUAUGAUCCAAUAAACAUAUAUAUUAUACCUCAAGAUGUAUGGGAUCUUAGGUUAUUCAAACAAAUGCCAUCAGUGUCUCUUUUGUACUUCAUUUCAUGUUACUUUUCAAGGAAAGGUUCUCAAGGUGACCUUCGUGACAUUCUACAUCUCAGAAAAGGUCUUUUGAGAACAAUUUUGGGUCAUAUUAACUGGAAGGAGUCUUCUAUGUUAAAUGAGCGGAUAGUGUUAUUCUUGCCAGCAGCAGUUUGUGCUCUUUGUGCUGGUUGUGCCCCUUUUACACAAUGCUACAAAGGGUUUCCGCUGUCUUACUCUUUUGUAGAUGAUACUGAGGCUCUAGUAGAUGAUGUUAAGACAGAAGACCUUGAGCAUGAUAGUCUGCAUGAACUGUUUGAGUGCUCUGUUGAAGUUCUUGCGAGAAUUGAUCAGGACUCUGGUGUUGAGGUUUCCCCUUCUCAAAGUCAUCAGAUUGUAUGUCUUCCCCAGCAGUUGAGAGAUCAGCUACUGCAGGAAAUGGAGACUGGCAUUCUUGCAUCUCUCGUAGACAAGGAAAUCGAAAAGAGGCCUAUACCAGAUAUAUUCUUUAGAUGUGCACUUUUAUCAAACUUCAUAUAUGGCUCAUAUUUGACAAGGUUAAUUUUUGUCAGGAAAAGUGAAGAAGUUUCACCAUUUCUCUCCGAGAUGGGCAAUUGCUUGUUAGAGUUGCUGGAUUGUGCUCUUAGUGUCUUUCAAGGAAACCACAAUGAUUUCGGAUCUCUUGGUUGCUUAGGCUCUGACUCCAUUUUUGGUGGAACAAACUCUCUUGCUGCAUCCUUACGAAGUUUCAUUUGCUGUCCAAUAUUCAUGAAAUGGAGAGAUCAAAAUGAUCUGGAUGUUUUCCUUUAUGGUUCGGUAGUCCAAUCCAUGGAAAAGCUUUUAAAAGCACUGGCAAAACUAUAUAAAGAAUAUUCUGAAUGUGCAAGGAACUUUCAUUCUGAGAUGAUUUUGCAAGACUUAUCUACAUCUGAUAUUUCUCUACAAAAUUCUUUCCCAUCUGAUAGCAAUAAAACUAGGAUUAUGGAUUUGGAUUUGGAUGUGAAUGAGGGUUCAAGAGAUGUGGAUAUUUUGACCGUUGGUGGGAAAAUUGCCACUGGCAUAUCCUUUUCUUCAGAGAAGUGGAAGUUGGGCAUGAUAUCAGUUAUUUCAUGUUUUUUCUCAGUUUUACAUGCUGUUACAUGGGAUACCCUGUUUGAACUCAUGGGAAAAGAAUCCGACAGGAAGGUGCGUGAAAAAAUUCUAUACAAUCUCUGUCGACAUCCCUACUGGCCGUCUUCUGCAAAGAUUACAGACUUGGUGAAUUUAAUUGAUGACAUGAUUAAAAUGCAAGCAACUCUUAAGCUCAACUGUGUUAAUAUUUUUGUUGCUAUCCAUGGGUUGCUAGCUUCUCUAUUAUCCUUGGACGCUGUCAGAAAGGAUAAAUAUGCAGGCUUAUCGAUGGAGGAGGUGGAUUCUGAACAGAGAUUGACACAUCUUGGAGAUUUGGUGAACAAAGUUGCUGGCUUAGAUCUUCUUGACUGGUUUGGUCGUGUUAAGCUGAUUGAUUGCAUAUGCAAUUUUGUUUUACUUCAUCCUCAGAUUGGUCAGACAAUGAUUGAAGGGUUGCUUUUGUUGCUCCGAGAUCCUGAUUAUCGAGUUAGAUUCUUCCUUGCUAGACGGAUUGGUGUUCUUUUCCAAACGUGGGAGGGUCAUGAAGAGCUAUUCCACGAUAUUUGUUCCAAUGUUGGCGUUGCAUUGGUUUUUACAUCAAAAGAAAAACUUGUUACUGCAAGGGAGGUCCUAGCUGCUGGUCCUCAGCCUCGCCCCACAAUGGAAACUGUUAUUAUCACUCUUAUGCAUCUUGCUUUGAACAGUGAGAAAGUGGAGUUGGAGGCUGUAUUUAUGAUAUGUGUGGUUGCUGCUAUUGUUCCUUGUCAGAGGAAAUUGGUGUAUGCAGUACUUCAUAAUCUAUCCAGACAGCUCAAGUAUACAUCUCUGUUGAAGUACUUGGAGGAACUCAUGGGACCGAUUAUCUUCUACUGGGUUGCUUGUGGUGUAAGUUUAGUUGCACUAGUGGAGAUACGUCAACUUUUUGUCUCAGAUGCCGAUCCUAGCUAUUUCUUGCAAUAUUGUUCCCAUUGGCUUUUUCCAGCUCUGGUUCUGCAUGGAGAUAGCUCCAACCUAAGCUGGCUUUCUAAGGUUGCUUGUCAACCGUUGGCAGUUCUGGUUAAAAAUCAAUUUGUGCCAAUCUUUGCUGUCUGUAUGGCAUUGCAUUGCAGUAAGAGAUCCGGGUGGGAAAAGGGAGCAGUUGUGCUUCAGAGUUCGAUUUUGCAUCUUGCUGAGAUAUCUGAGAAUGAACGAGACAAACUGAUAAAGAAACAAAUGGUAUCUAUUGUCAGCCACAUUCUGUCUCUUGCCUCUUGUGCAUCAGAUCCUCCAGUCCCUUUCUUUUCCAGGGAUACAAUUGCACAUGCAAUUCAAACAGUUGUUGAUGGUUUUUUGGAAAUGGAGGACCAUCCUAGAGCAGCUUGUGUUAUUGACAAGAUUAACAUUUUUCGUCCUGAUAGAGUCUUCAUGUUUAUAGUAGAAAUGCACUAUAAAAUAGCAGCAGCAGUUCAUCAUAGGCAUAAAUGUCAUCGGUUGGCUGGAGUUGAGGUGCUUAUAAACAUUCUUGGGCACAGAGCUGCUGUUUCAAGCACUUCAAAUUAUCUUUUCAACUUGAUUGGGCAAUUCAUUGGUUGUCAUGCUUUACAAGAGCAAUGCUGUCGUAUCAUCUCCGCAUUGCUGAGGAUUUUUAAAAGUAACCCAUCCAAAGAAAUUAUCAGCGUUCUGGGCGAGCAGCUUCAGUUUUUGGUGUCAAAGUUGGUGGCUUGUUGCAUUCCAUUUGAAGCUAAUGGAGAACAUUCUGGCACUAGAUCCUCUCAAGUUUUGUCUUUGUUACUCCAACUAACUAUGGAUUCUGAUCCAUCUCUUUAUGAUUACAUCAGAGAAUUGGAACCCUUCCCUGAAAUAGAUAUCUUCGAUGAACUACGAAAAUUCCAUCAGGAAUUGUGCCGAGCGUACUCUCCAAGAGACCACUUGUUAAAGUUUGUGAAGAGAUCUUCCUACCUUCCACCAAGGUUACUUUUGUGGAGUCUCCAAGCACUGCACAAGAAGUUACUCAUGGAUGAAACUUGUUGGAGUGGAAAGAAUGCGGAAGAUCUUGUGGCAAAUAGAUAUUGGCAUGGUGACCAUGAGAUUGUGUCUGCAGUCUGGACACUUGUCCGUAUGUGCGGUUCAGAUGACGCCAAUAGUUUUAGAGCAUUGGUGUCUGAUUUCAUUUCUAGGGUUGGUAUUGGGGACCCACAUUGUGUUGUUUUCCAUUUGCCUGGAGACUCUGGUCACAUUCAUGUUUGCCAGCCUAUUAAUCAUGAUAGUGCUACAGCAAUCAACUUCUACAUUGUUACCGGCAUAUCUGAAGAGCUUUUGAUUGCAAUUUUGAGACUUCUGAAGAAGUACCUGAUGGAUGAUUCUGUUAAAAUAGUUGAUAUGACUUCACAAGCUCUUCGGGGAAUACUUUCAACUGAAAGUGGUCAAAGAGCUUUAACGUCAUUUGAUUCUUAUGAGAGGUCUCUUAUUGAGGUUCAUUCCAAGGGUAUUAAUAUUGAGCUAGUGGAAAAGUUCCUUUUGGAUCUGGAAAGGAAGUUCAAAGCUGAAGCAUAUUCGUUGGAGAAAUCUACUGUAUGGGUGACACAUGGUAAAGCUUUUGACAUGUGGAUUUGUCCUGUGUACACGCUUAUUGGCUAUUGCAGCGAUGUAAUUCUAAGAUUAUGUCAAGAUAUAGUGUUGCUGAAAGCUGAAGUUGCUGAGCUUCUGUUGCCAAGUGUUAUUGUCAAUCUGGCUGGCAGGAAAGAUAUGGAUGUGGAUCUUCAUAAAAUUAUCUCAGUGCAGGUGCACGAAAAUAUAUUCACAGAGUCCAAUAAGCUGAUCAAAUCGAUUCAAAUUUUCUUGAAUGCCCUUAAUGAACUUAGAUUAUGUCAUGUCAUGGAAAGAUCUUCUCUAUCAUCGAAGAGUGAAAGUUCUAAGUGUGCUAAGCCUUCAAGUUAUAGCUCAAAAUCCCGUUCCGCAUCUGCAAGGGCUAGAGAUUCAGUUGCUACAUCAAGUGUGGUGGCAAUGUCAACAGCUUUAUGGGACAAGGUUUAUUGGCUUUGCAUUGAUUACCUCGUUGUUGCUAAAUCAGCAGUCGUUUGUGGUUCGUAUUUUACGGCUAUGAUGUAUGUUGAGCAUUGGUGUGAAGAGCAUUUCAACAGCCUCACACUAGGGAGCCCAGAUUUCUCCCACACAGAAAUGUUACCACUUCACGUUGGAAUACUUGUCUCAGCUGUCACUCAAAUCAAUGAACCUGACAGCUUAUAUGGGAUCAUCCAGUCGCACAAGCUGGUCUCUCAAAUGAUUACCUUUGAGCAUGAGGGGAAUUGGAGCAAGGCCCUUGAAUACUAUGACUUGCAAGUACGAUCAGAUGCCUCAGUACAAACAGGUGGUAGUUCCAGAUAUUUGUCACUGGAAUGUACUCAACCAACAGAUCAUUUAUCAGAGUUCCAAUUGGAAGAUGAGAUAACACAAAGAAAACCUUACAAAGGGCUGAUUAGAUCUUUGCAGCAAAUUGGUUGUAUGCAUGUGCUCGAUCUGUAUUGCCAAGGAUUGACAUCUCGAAAGGGUCAGUUUCAGCAUGAUCAGGAAUUUACUGAAUUGCAGUACGAAGCUGCUUGGCGAGCAGGAAACUGGGAUUUCUCCUUGCUUUAUGUGGAAGCUAAUUCUCCAUCUUCAAGUCUGCAUAUAAAAAAUGAUCAUUUCAAUGAAAAUCUGCACAGUUGCUUGAGGGCAUUGCAGGAGGGAGAUUUUGACGAUUUUCAUAGAAAACUAAAAGAUUCGAAGCAGGAGCUUGUGUUGUCUGUUUCUCGUGCAAGCGAAGAGAGCACUGAAUACAUCUACUCGACAAUAAUCAAACUCCAGAUCUUUUAUCAUCUUGGCAUGGCUUGGGAUUUACGUUGGACAACAUCUCCAUGUGAGAGAAUAAAAUACUAUCCAAAGAAGCAAAAAGUAUUUUCUGAACCUGUAAUUCCAACCUCAGACCAGUUGUCAUGGCUGAAUACGGAUUGGAACUCCAUUUUGGAAAGAACACAGCUACAUAUGAAUCUGUUGGAGCCAUUUAUAGCAUUCAGGCGAGUUCUACUUCAAAUCAUAAGUUGUAAAGACUCUAAGAUGCAACAUCUUUUGCAAUCUGCAUCCACUCUUCGUAAGGGCUCCAGGUUUUCUCAAGCAGCUGCAGCUUUGCAUGAGUUUAAGUUCCUCUGUGUUGAAAGCGGAGAGCAAAACUCAUCCUUGUACUGGCUUGGAAGGCUUGAAGAAGCAAAGCUUUUGCGUGCCCAAAGUCAGGAUGGGAUGGCUAUCAGCCUUGCAAAAUAUAUCAUACAAAAUUAUGAGUCGAAUGAAGAGGCUUCAGAUGUAUAUCGCUUGGUUGGGAAGUGGCUGGCAGAAACUCGAUCUAGCAACUCCAGAACUAUUUUAGAGAAGUAUUUGAAGCCUGCAGUUUCACUUGCUGAGGAUCAGAAGACUACAAACAAAAAGUCCAUCGAAAGACAAAGCCAAACUCAUUUUCAUCUUGCACAUUAUGCAGACGCUCUAUUUAGGAGUUACGAGGAAAGACUUGCCUCUAAUGAGUGGCAAGCGGCACUGCGUUUAAGGAAACAUAAGACAAAAGAGUUGGAGGCACUAAUUAAACGUGUAAAAAGUUCAUCAAAGGGGGAGAAGACUGACUACUCUUUAAAAAUACAAGAGUUGCAAAAGCAACUGACCAUGGACAAGGAAGAGGCUGAAAAAUUGCAGGAUGACAGAGACAAUUUUCUCAGCCUCGCAUUGGAGGGAUAUAAACGUUGUUUGGUUAUAGGCGACAAAUAUGAUGUAAGAGUGGUGUUUCGACUAGUUUCCUUGUGGUUCACUCUCUUUUCUAGACAAAAUGUUGUAAAUAGUAUGCUUAGCACAAUUAAUGAGGUUCAGUCUUACAAAUUCAUACCUUUAGUGUACCAAAUUGCAUCAAGAAUGGGUAGCUCAAAGGACCAUUCAGGGCCUUAUAAUUUUCAGUUUGCUUUGGUUUCUCUGGUGAAGAAAAUGGCCAUUGACCAUCCAUACCACACAAUCUUUCAGCUUCUAGCUCUGGCAAAUGGUGAUCGUAUCAAGGAUAAACAGCGAAGCAGAAACUCAUUUGUCGUGGAUUUGGAUAAAAAAAUUGCCGCAGAAAAGCUAUUAGAAGAAUUAUCAACAUAUCAUGGGGCUAUUAUAAGACAAAUGAAACAAAUGGUGGAGAUUUAUAUCAAACUUGCAGAACUAGAAACAAGGAGAGAGGAUACCAAUAAAAAGAUGACGCUACCAAGAGAAAUACGUAGUCUUCGACAGCUGGAACUAGUACCAGUUGUGACAGCUACCUUUCCAGUUGAUCGUAGCUGUCAGUAUCAUGAAGGCUCUUUUCCAUACUUCAAAGGACUAGCAGAUUCUGUUAUGGUAAUGAACGGUAUUAAUGCUCCAAAAGUGGUUGAAUGCCUAGGUUCUGAUGGUCGCAAAUAUCGACAGCUAGCAAAAUCUGGAAAUGAUGAUCUGCGACAAGAUGCUGUUAUGGAACAAUUUUUUGGUUUAGUUAAUACCUUUUUACGGAAUCAUCGGGAUACAUGGAAAAGAAGAUUAGGAGUACGUACAUACAAGGUCGUUCCUUUUACUCCAAGUGCUGGUGUUCUAGAAUGGGUUGAUGGUACCCUUCCUCUUGGGGAAUAUCUUAUUGGGAGCACAAGAAAUGGAGGUGCUCAUGGUCGCUAUGGAAUAGGUGACUGGUCAUUUCCCAAAUGCCGAGAGCACAUGACAAAUGACAAAGACAAGCGCAAAGCAUUUCAGGAUGUUUGUGAGAACUUCAGGCCUGUCAUGCAUUACUUUUUCUUGGAGAGAUUUUUACAACCAUCUGACUGGUUUGAGAAGAGACUUGCUUACACACGGAGUGUGGCUGCUAGUUCCAUGGUUGGUUACAUUGUUGGCCUUGGAGAUCGACAUGCCAUGAAUAUCUUAAUUGAUCAAGCCACUGCCGAAGUUGUUCACAUAGAUCUUGGUGUUGCCUUUGAACAGGGAUUGAUGCUUAAGACACCAGAGCGGGUUCCAUUCAGGCUUACAAGAGACAUAAUUGAUGGUAUGGGUGUCACUGGAGUGGAAGGGGUUUUCAGAAGAUGUUGUGAGGAAACUCUUUCUGUUAUGCGGACAAAUAAAGCAGCGCUGCUGACCAUUGUUGAAGUUUUUAUCCACGAUCCCCUGUAUAAGUGGGCACUAUCUCCUCUGAAGGCUUUGCAGCGUCAAAAGGAAACUGAUGAUGAUCUGGAGACAAUCUUGGAAGGCACACAAGACGAAUAUGAGGGGAACAAGGAUGCUGCACGUGCUUUGAUGCGUGUCAAACAAAAACUAGAUGGAUAUGAAGAAGGCGAAAUGCGGAGUGUACAUGGGCAGGUUCAACAACUUAUACAAGAUGCUAUCGAUUCUGAGCGUUUGUGUCAUUUGUUUCCUGGAUGGGCAUCUUGGAUGUGAUGAGAUCUGUCCUCUUCUGCUCAUCACCUUGUACAGGCGGCUUUCCAUUUUUGUGAAUAUUGAGGUGUUUUUCUUCUGUAGUCUGAUUUUUCGUAUUGGUUGUAAUUGGUGUGUAUAAUGAUACACGCGAACAAUUCAUGCUGUACAGGGUGCUUUUUUCCCGAUGUAUUUCUUUGCUUCUGUUCUGGAAGCAGCGUGUAAGAUUAAAAUUUUGAUCAGCGUAUUGUUUUUUCCUAAAUAUUCCGAUCGAGUGUCGGAUUCA